AUGCUUUCUCUUUCCAUCACCUCCUUUCUUCUGUUAUUUUGUGUUCUGAAUAUUGGAAGCUGUGAGAACUAUAAUGAUCUGAAAAAGCUGGAAACAGAGUUUGCCCUCACUCUUUACCAAAAACUAGCAGAACGUAAUAAUAGAACGAAUCUUGUCAUCUCACCAGCAAGCAUUUCUUUUUCUUUGGGACUUCUGCAAUUUGGCGCUCGUGGAAAAACCUUUGGACAACUGGAACACGCUUUGGGAUACAGCUUUCGUGAUGAGAACAUCCAGAAUUUCUUGCACACAGCCUACAAAGGAGGAAUUAAUUCCAACCAAAGUACUAUGGUGCACUUGGCAUGUACCCUCUUUGUUCAAGCUGGGAUGCAGCUUUCACCUCAAUUCAUUCAGCAGGCUGCAUGGUGGGGAAAUAACACAGUGCAGCAAACAAACUUCAGCGAUCCUAACAGGACCGAAGCACAAAUUAGGGAAUGGAUUACCCAGAAUACAGGAGAAGCAAGCUGCCUGUCCUUGGACACAAUUGCGUCUCCCCUUAACCAGAUAGCCGUGGUAAGCACCAUGAACUUCAGAAGCACGUGGCAAAGGAAGUUCACUUUCACACACACUCAAGCUUUGUUCUUUACCACUCCAGAUGGCAUCACCUUGAAAGUGCCUACCAUGUAUCUCAGAGCGGAAGUCAAUUAUGGUGAAUUCCUAGUGGGCUCUCUGGAUCAGAUCACUGUGGUUGAAAUACCUUAUCUGGAGGAGAAGGUUAGCAUGUUUAUGGUGCUUCCAUCCAACAGGAGAACCUCUCUAGCCAGGAUUGAGACUUACCUCUCGGCUCAAACCUUCUCUCUGUGGUCCAGCACAUUAAGAAGAACAGCAAUGGAUAUCUUUCUCCCUAGGUUCAAAAUUCAAAACCACUUGGAUUUAAAGAUGAUUUUACCUGCAUUAGGAAUUACAGACAUGUUUGAGCAAACUGAAGCCAAUUUUAAGGGUAUUUCAGAACAAGGAGGUCUUUAUAUCUCGGAAGUUGUCCACAAAGCAAAGAUUGAAGUGACAGAAGAUGGCACAAAAGCCUCUGGCAUUACAGCUAUGGUGUUUUUAAAAAGAUCCAGAGCUCCUAUCUUCAAAGCGGACAGACCUUUUAAUUUCAUUCUAAGGCAAGCCAGAACAGGUUCAAUUCUGUUCAUAGGAAGACUUACAAAUCCUACACUGUAA